AUGCCCGGAUCCCUCUCUGCCAACGACCUUCGUUGUGCCGGCACGGCGGCCAAACGGGCUCACGACAAGAAGGCCAAAUGGAUCAGCGGAGGCCGUCCAGCGCCUGGCUGUCGAAUGGAAAACGCUCCUAUGGCUCGUCCGAUCAUUCGGACGAUCCCUGCGAGGUACCACCGUCGCCUCCAGUUCGAUCGUAAGGGGAGGACCAACCAGCUCUCCACGGAUGCCAAGAUCAACCUGAGUUAUGAUGUCCGCGAGGCUCUAGACAGCGCCUCCGACUCGUCCAGUGGCGAAACCCUCGAUGAGCCCAGCGCGGCGCAGGAGGUGGUCGCUGAGAUGACUCCCAACCACUCCGUCGAGGCAUACGACGUGUCCGGACAGACGGUUCUUUCGCAAGCCAUCAAUAAGGCCGUUGAGCGGUUCGAGACUCGUGAGACGGAGAAGCUGGUUCGGGAAUAUGAGAUUGUGACCCCGGAGUCCGAGAGCGCCAUGGGUUAUCUCGCGGAUGACGAUGACUUUGAACUCGUGGACCACGGCCACCUGUGA